AUAGUAUUACCAACUUUUGAGGCGCAUCUUGGAUUCACCUUGAAUUCCUUGUCUUUCCCAGCACAACUUUAGUCUCUCCGCGCCUGGAGAAAGGAUUGCGAAGGCAUACUAGCGCGGAUAUUUGGACGCGACGGCGCCGCGCAUAAGCGGAGCGAAAUUUGCGACAGUGAGAGACAGGCGUUGAAUGAGAGCCAGGCGCAGUGACCGCUAGUAUGCCCCCCAAACGAGCGCGAGAGCGCAAACGACAGACGAAGAUCGACUUCUCUCAGGCCGCGAAAGCCUCACCCUCCUCCAAGCCUUCGACCACAAACGCCAUGGGUACCUCACCGUCUCGACCUGCCACGGCCAAGCCGACGAAAGCUGCGAAGACCCCUCGCAAAGGAUCAACCAAUGCGAUGAUCUUCUCAUCCAGUGACGACGAGCUACAAGCGGAGACAGACAGAGGCAUGCGGUUGGGCAUGCCGGCCAAAGAUACACCGCUGGGCCUGUUUGACAGCUCUGAUGUCGGCCUUAUUAGCUCUCAGAGCUCGGAGGAACAGGAAGAAGAGAAAAUAAAGGCAAAACCUGCAACUCGCAAGCGGCGGCGUACAAAGGACUCUGGCAAACCCGAGGGUGAGCAAGCGGUUGAGGUUCUCCCGAGAAAGCGACAACGGCGGUCUGUGGUCAAGGUUGAGAGCUCAGGCGAGGAGGAGGAAGAAGAACUAAGGCUGCCUAGCAAGCGACAGAAAACCAAAAGACAGGACACGCCAGAUGAAGAAGAAGAGCAGACUCCGCCACGAAGCACGAGGCGCAUAGCAGUUAGGCGACGACCUGCAUCAGAAGAGGCGGUCGAGGAUCAGACUCCGCCUAGAAGCACCAGAAGGCGGAUUGUUAAGAGGCGAUCUCCAUCGGAUAACGAAGAAGAAGAGCAGGCUCCACCCCGGAGAAGGCUUAAAGUUGCCAGGGGGGAUUCUGCGCUAGAUGAGGAGGAUCUGGACGAUAUUAAUGAGGGUGGAGAUGGCGAAGACGACAGCGAAGAUGGCGGCGAAGAACGAGACGAUCUCAAAGAAGAUCUUGCAUUCCUCAGAUCAUCACCGCUACUAGAUCGCGGCAGGCUGAGGAGUACGCAUGAGAAACCAAAGAAUGAGCGGCAAAAGGCGUUAGAGGCCCUCAAGAAGCGGCGAGCUGGCACCAACGAACCCUCGUCUUCGGCAACUCCGAUCCGUAAGAAGCCUGUCGUGGUAGACUCCGAAUCCGAAUCCGAGCUUGAAGUUAUCAAGGAAGAGCAGGAUAGCGAUUUCGAAAUUCUAGACCCGGUCGACGACGAGGACGACGAGGACGACGAGGACGAUGAUGAGCCAGAAGGAGAUGACCGUGAGGCGAACAUCCUGGAUAUGUUUCAAGAGGAUGGCGACGACGAGGGCUUCAUCGAUGAUGACGCAAAUGCCACCAUUGGCGAACCCUCAGCAAUAGCAGAUCUUGACGAACUGCGCCUCGUUACUGGCUUAUCGCGUGCCAAAACCAAAGACCUAUUCAAACACGCCAUCGAAUGGAUGGUUAUGAAAAAGAUCCAUCCCGCGUUCAACUCUACUAAAAACAUCUACACCAUCACUUUCCGCAAGUUAGACGACGAAGUCAAAGGCCUUGCAGGUUCGAAGUUCACUUCAUCAGUUUGGACGCCUGACUUCACUAGGGCUAUUCGCGCAAGACCGGACCUCAUGCUCGACGAGAUUAGUUUCGGAAGAAGAGAGGUGAUGGCCGCUCAUUGCGAAGCGUGUAACCGGACUAAUCAUACCGCCACAUUUGAACUCAUGCUCACGGGACCACCGUAUGAUGCGGAAACCUUAGAGCCUCUUGAGAACGACACGGACUCCGACUCUUCUGACUCCGACGAUGACUCAGAAUUAUCGGCAGACUCAGAGGUACUUCUCAACGGCGAGAAGCCGGCUCACAACGCCCUAGGCGAACGUCUUCCGCCAGAAUCGCAUGGCUUUCCGCUUGGCUCAACAUGCAAGGCCAACGCGCAGGUCGCCCAUACUCUACACCAUUGGCGCUACCAUCUCUACCAGUGGGUCAAGGAUUACCUCGCACGUGAAGGCUACCUGACGGCGGAGAAACUAGUCAAGAGGGACAAGUGGAGUGACAAGAAGCGGCAGAAGGCUGCGCACAAGAUUGUGGAUGGCAUGGAGCGCGAUGGGGAGAUCAAAAAGCUGUACAGACUGUACAAGGAGCAGAUCGAGUUUGCGAUCGAGGCGAGGAAUGAUUAUCAGAAUGGGUGGGGGAGGCGAAACUAGGGAGACGAUGAAGAUUUGAUUUGGUUGCUAGGUGCGGAGGCUUGAAGCCACUAUUAUCACUCGUCUUCAUGGCGCAUGAGGUUAUGGAGUGGUGUUGUUGCCUGUUGGCACACUUUCUAAUUGGCCGGGCAUUUUGAAUACUCUCUCUCUGUGUCUUCGGAGCAGAUUCAUGUGGACAUGUACAUGCCUGCAUUUCAGGCACAUACUCCUUCCUUUCGAUAUAAUGAUUCACUUCUUGUAUAAACCGGAAGCACUUUCUUCCCAUCGGCUCGACAAAUCUGCUCAUACAGAGGUUUCUCAGCUUAGGUUGAUGUUAUCAUUGUUAUUUAUAUAUAUGCUAUCUUAUUUUAGCAAGAUGCUCAU